AUGGCAAUCCGAUCUGCCUGGUGGAUGCGGGAGCCAGCAACUGGUCGGACGGGCGGUGAAAGCAGGUAUCUUAAUGCAACGACACAUCAUCUGCACCCACAUCAGAGCUGGCCGAACCAAGGCUCAAACGGACUAGCAUUCAAGGAGCUUGAGCGAUUUCUCCGCGAAAACCCCGGAACCCAUUGCUCUGUUUGUAGACUGUCUUACAGCUACGACGCUAGCAAAAAGAGGGCGAAGUGGGGCCGGGACAGGCAGGCCAGAUCUUCGGUAGAGUUAGAGACACUCUUACUGGAGCAGCGGCCCGAGGAAACAUACUGUGCGUUAUAUAUCGUAUCCAGUCUUUCAGCAGAAGCCCUCCAGAUGCUUGGCUUUCAUCUCAAUAUCACACCUCGCUUUUUCAACUUCCCCUAUACAAUUCUGAGUACUGGUGUGCCAGUAAAUGAUUUUGUCUUUUUCGGUCUCCAGGUCAUGGAAAGAUAUGGCCAUAACAAUCUCCCUACAGAAGCCAAGCGCAGCAGCAAUUCUCCGAAGAUGACUUUCCGUACCAAGAGCGGCCAGUCAAGCCAUACCUGGCAUGUGACGCGGAUCAAUGUGGUGUUCAUAAGAAUUCCCCUGGAAAGGUAUGCCGAAGGCUGUGCUUUUACUGUCGCCGGCUACGUUGUGAGCUACCGACUGAUCUUUAAAAGGCCGCGUUAUAAUGGAGUGAUAGUAUUUGACCCUGCCGACCAGGCUUUCGUAGAAGCGCUUCUUGCACUUGCCGCAAAUGUCGAGGAGGAGCUCCCGGGGCUUGAAGAGCAUAAACUUGGGCUGUGCGAUAUUCUAACCAAGGUAUUCUAUAUCAUCAGUUUUACCUGGGGCUGUUUCCUCGAGGAAUUGGAAGAACAUCUCGACGUCCUGAACCAAAAGUGCGUAGAAGAGGAGCUCUCGCCCGAUGACCAGCUCAUCUACACCCGUGAAUUACAUAGACUGGUGCCGCUGUUUGGCGAAUCGCGUCGACGCAUCCUCGCGGUGAAAGACACAAUUCAGCAAAUGCUGGGCCAUCCCUUCUUCACCAGCGUCAACGCCCACCAGUCAAUGACCGCGUACCUUCAUAAGACAACGGCUGCGCUAGAUGAUUAUAAGACACGGUCGCUUGAGCUCUCGGAACAGACUAAUAACUUGAUCAGCCUGAUUUUCAACAUCGCAACGCUUCAGGAUACUCGAGUCGCUGUGGAAGAGAGCCACGCAGCGAACGUAUUGGCGGCGAGCAUCCGCCGCGUCACGGUCCUAACCUUCAUUUACCUACCAUUAAUGCUUUCAGCAUCAGUAUUUGGCAUGAACGUGUUCGAGAUCACUGAAGACAAGUCCAACCACUCUAUCUGGAUUUUUGUUGUAGUGUCUGCCGUUCUUAUGCUUUUUACUGUUUUAACUUGGACCACUUGGUCAAGGGUGACUGACGAUAAGCAACGCCGAAGAGAUCUGAGAACUAGUCUGAAUGCCGGGAACCUCGAAGCUUAG